UGUUCAGUUCCAUCGUAAACAUCAUCGUGCAAAGACGUUGUACCUCUCGGUAGGCACCAGUUACGCGCAUCUACUAAGAUCGCCAACCCCCUCCCCUGGCUGGCUCGCGAUCGCGAUUGAUCUUCGAAACUUACCGCAAAGAACUCUUUUGUGGUUGUGGUUCUGCUCCAGACGGUUUUUAGCGGCCCAAGACGCAGGUGGUUCAUAGCGCGCGCGCACACGAUUCUCGCAGCAAAGCACCUUGAAGGUUUUCUUCAGCAGUUCGUUGGCAGCAGCGGGCACACGAAAGGAAGGGAAAAACUGCGCGCCCGCCUGUACAACUAGUUUGGCAAUUGGAAUUGCUUAUUGCAGUUACCUACCAGAGUUGAAAAGUUAGUGCAGAGGUUGAUACGAGGAGGAAAGCAAGGAUGGAUGUAGACAUCAAUGAUGGAAAAGACCGGAUCGGGCCGAUGUUCCGUGAUCGUCACGUGCUGCUCACUGGAGGGACUGGGUUUAUGGGAAAAGCUUUAAUUGAAAAACUCUUAAGAUGUACAGAAGUUGGCAAAAUCUACCUACUAGUCCGAACAAAGAAAGGCAAAUCACCAAAGGCGCGAUUAGAAGACAUUUUUUCGAAUCCGAUCUUCGCCAAAGUAAUCGAACUGCGAGGGCUCAACACAUUGCUGGCACAAUGCGUGGUGAUAGCGGGCGAUGUCACCGAACCCGAGCUCGGCAUAUCGGCGGAGGACCGGAAACGGAUAGUCGAAAAUGUGUCCAUCAUCUACCACUGUGCGGCGACAAUCCGCUUCGACGAGGCGCUCAAGAAGGCAGUCAUGCUCAACACCCGAGGCACAAAGUUCAUGGUGCAAUUGGCGAAACAGUGUCAAAAGCUAGAUAUGUUUGGAUAUGUUUCGACGUCAUACUGUCAUCUUAAUGAAAAACUGCUAAUGGAAAAGCCUUAUCCACCGCCAGCGGAUCCGCAUAAAGUCAUUAAAGCAGUGGAAUGGUUGGAGGAUGACGUCGUUGACGGUAUCACGAGGAAAAUUCUUGGCGAAUGUCCCAACACCUACGCCUACACCAAAGCUCUCGGUGAAGCUCUUGUCGUCGAAGCGAUGAAAGACAUUCCCGCAGUAAUCUUCCGCCCCUCAAUCGUGGUACCCACCUGGCGGGAACCGGUAUCCGGCUGGACGGACAACAUCAACGGACCGGUGGGGCUUUUGAUUGGCGCCGGAAAGGGCGUCAUUCGUUCGAUGUACUGCAACUCCACGGGCUACGGCGAUUACCUCCCAGUCGAUUUCGGCAUAAGCGCUAUCUGCGUCGGUACCUGGAAUUACGUAGACCAGAAGGAUUAUUCGCGAAACAUUAUUCAUUUAGUGAGCUCACAGGAGAUUAGAGUAUCGUGGGAAGGUAUCAUAGACCUAGGUAAGUCCAUUGUAGCCAAGAAAGUGCCUUUGAAUGGAGUCUUCUGGUACCCGGGUGGCAACAUGAAGAAGUACAGAUGGCAGCACAAUCUGGCGGCUCUUUUCUUCCACUGGAUACCGGCGGUGCUAAUAGACUGCUUGCUGUACGUUCUAGGAUAUAAACCAGUACUUUGCCGUGUGCACCGAAGGAUCGCCAACGGAUUUGAAGUGUUUGAAUACUACGCCAACAAUCAGUGGGACUUUGACAACAGCGGCAUCAACCACCUGAGAGACCAAAUUAACGAAGAAGAGAAAGUUAAAUUCAAAAUCGACGCCGGAGGUGUUGAAAUUAACGAGUAUUUCGAAAAUUGCAUCUGGGGUGCAAGAAGAUAUAUUCUAAAAGAAUCGGACGAGUCAGUACCCGCUGCAAGACGACACAUGAGAAUAAUGUGGUUUGUUGACAAAUUUUGCAAGACGAUUAUCUACGGUGCUUUUCUCUACUACUUUGGCAUGUGGCUGUACAACAAAGUGUUCGCAACUUCAGUCUAAUAGCAAUUAAGAAAGAUUACAUUCCAUAUAGGCUAGCUGUGUGAAUAUAUAGAUUAAUUCCAUUCGUGCUCAUCCCAACCCCUCAAAUGACAAUUAUUCCAUAAAGGUGAAUGUUAACCUCUAUGUUCUUUCAAACGGUAAACAUAUACGUUUUUUGUUAAUUACGAAAAUAAUUAAAUAUAGAUGACAACGCACAUCGAUUAGCGUAUCUCGUA